AUGUCAGGCAACCCCACCCGAGAACUGCCCCGGAAGAGGUCACCUGCUGCACUUGAUAUCAGACGGAAUAGCCCAGCCUCCUAUGUGUCAUCUGGAGCAAUCCAUAGAGGUGCUCAUCCGACAAGCAGACCUGUGCAACGCGUCAUCGAAAAGUCCAGACUGCAGUUCGAACGCACGUUGACUGCAAGUCGUGAACCAGCAAGAUGGACAAGAUCAUCGUCGUCGCCUAUCGUUGUCAGUAGCAUCUUCACUGCUGCCGGCAUCGUCGAUGGCAUCGACGCCAUCUCACCCUCACCUAGCAUCGCCCUGGUUACCACCCUCAUCGUCAAGUUCUUCGUCUGGGGUGACUGUGCUUUGCUCGCCGAGCUCAACGUUGCUCCCGAUGUAAUACCACCACCGACACUAUGGCUCCUCACGCUGCCAACGUUCAUGUUCCUGGUCCUGCGGGGCCAUGCAACAGAAGGCCCAACAAACCCAGCAGCAAGCCAUGACGGACUGGAGCAGGUGAUGGACGGGAAUGCCCGGUAUGCCGGGCACAUCCAGCCACAACGCUGUGGUUUCAACAACUCCAACCAAAGACUGUUCCCCGUUCCAUGGCCCAGCGACGUCCCCAAGCAGCAACAACUGUCAAUCGACCCAACCCCUCUCGUCAUCGUUCCCUUCCUCUUCUUCUUCGUAACCUUCUUCGGCCUGACCUUGUUGGCUACGAGCAAGCACAUGCACCACGCUCAUAAGCUGGGCGUCCUAUACGUCGUAGGUUCCGUAACCCGCAAAUGGUUGGAUCAGGCAAAGGCCCUUGAACAGCCCACCGCCCUCGGUGCUCAGGAUUCACCUGCGGCGCCCAUACGUGCUGGACGACACGCGCGGUUUGAGGUCCAAUCAACGGCAACCCCGACUAUGACAACCGUCCCCGCGUAA